AUGGCUUCACAAGCCAAACCUCAAAUCCUCUCCGAUCUCAGUUGUCUCCGUUACCUCGCUCUCUUCCUCCUCCUCUCCUUCCACGUGGCAUCCGGCGCCGGAGGAACAUGGAACCUUCUCUUACAAAACGUCGGAAUCUCAUCAAUGCACUCACAGCUUCUCUACAACGACCGUGUCAUAAUGUUCGACCGAACCAACUUCGGUCCUUCAAACAUCUCUCUCCCUGACGGAGCCUGCCGCGACAACCCAAACGACCUCGUCUCAAAACGCGACUGCACCGCACACUCUGUCGAAUACGACGUCGCUUCGAACACCGUACGUCCUUUAACCGUCCAAACCAACACCUGGUGCUCCUCAGGCGGACUCACUCCCGACGGAACACUCCUCCAAACCGGAGGAGACAGAGACGGCGAACGUAUAGCUAGACUAUACUCUCCUUGCGACGACAACUCUUGCGACUGGACAGAAGUCGACAACGGACUCGCUGCAAGAAGAUGGUACGCUACGAACCAUGUCCUCCCCGACGGUCGUCAGAUCGUCAUCGGAGGUCGAAACCAAUUCAACUACGAGUUCUUCCCCAAAACAAACGCACCAAACCUCUACAGCUUACCGUUCCUCGUCCAAACAUACGACAAAGGAGACGAAAACAAUCUCUACCCCUUCGUUUUCCUCAACAGCGACGGAAACUUAUUCAUAUUCGCAAACAACAAAGCGAUCUUGCUCGACUACUCCAAGAACACCGUCGUCAAAACGUAUCCUGAGAUCCCCGGAGGCGACCCGAGAAGCUACCCGAGCACUGGCUCAGCCGUUCUCCUCCCGGUCAAGAAUCUUGAAGCGAAGAUCGUCGAGCUGGAGGUUCUUGUGUGUGGAGGUGCACCGAAAGGUUCGUUCAACAAAGCUUACAGGGAAAAAACUUACGUGAAAGCGCUUGACACGUGUGCAAGAAUCAAGCUCAACGAAGCUAAACCUCAAUGGCUCGUUGAGAAGAUGCCGAGAGCGAGAGUCAUGGGAGACAUGACGCUUUUACCUGACGGACACGUUCUGUUAAUUAACGGCGCUUCCUCGGGGACAGCCGGUUGGGAGUGUGGUCGUGAACCGGUUUUGCAUCCUGACCUUUAUCAUCCCGAUAAACCGGUCGGUUCAAGAUUCGUACCGCAGAACCCGAGUGCUAUACCGAGAAUGUACCAUUCGACCGCCGGUUUACUACGUGACGGGAGGGUUCUCGUCGGAGGAAGCAACCCACACGCGUAUUACAAUUUCACCGGCGUGCUUUUCCCGACGGAGCUUAGGUUGGAAUCUUUUUCGCCGUCGUAUUUGGAUGCUCAGUUCUCGGAUCUUCGUCCGAGCAUUGUCAUUCCACCGAACACGGUUAACUACGGUCAAACCAUGAGGCUGUGGUUUAGAGUAACCGGGAAAGUGAAAAGUCCGGUUAAGGUAACGAUGAUGUUUCCUUCGUUUGCUACGCAUUCCUUCUCGAUGAACCAGAGGCUUUUGGUUCUUGAUCAUGUUUCCACUAGGAGGAUGGGCAUAUGGAAUUAUGAGGUUAGGGUUAUGAUACCAACAUCGGUUAACAUUGCACCGCCCGGUUAUUACAUGGUUUUCGUUGUGAACCAAGAUAUACCGAGUGAAGGUAUUUGGGUAAGGUUACAGUAA